AUGCCUUCUGCAAUAAUAGUCCUGGCACUCGGGAAAGACCAGAAACAAUGGUCUACUAUCCAUGCCAUCUCAAGGUCCCAGAAAGAGGAAUACCCCUCUACAGUGAAGCAUCGCCAUGUGGAUCUAAGUGGAGACCCCAAUUCCAUUGCGAAUGAACUGAAAGGCGUCGAAGCCGAAUAUUUGUUCUUCGCAGCUUACAUCCAGAAAGAGUCAGAGCAAGAGAGUUGGGAUGUUAAUGGCGCCCUUCUAGAGAACUUCUUGGAGGCACUGAAGAUUACGGGCGCUAAUAAGAAGCUGAAGAGAGUGCUGCUGGUGACAGGGGCAAAGCAGUAUGGAGUCCACCUUGGACAAGCAAAGAACCCAAUGGAGGAGUCUGACCCGUGGUUGACGGGUUCGGAGUGGCCCCCUAAUUUCUAUUACAACCAGCAAGAGAUCCUGAAAAAGCAAGCUGCCAAUGGAGGCUGGGAAUGGGUUGUGACAUACCCUAACGACGUCAUUGGGAUGGCUCGUGGAAAUUUCAUGAACCUCUCCACCAGUCUUGGAAUUUAUGCUGCUAUCAACAAAGAGAUCAAUCAAGAGCUUCCUUUCCCUGGCGCCGAAACAUUCUACACUAGAUUUGAUACCUUUACUUCGAGCAAGCUCCACGCUGAAUUUGCGCUCUGGGCAAUCCUUGCACCCAAAGCUGCCAACCGUGCCUUCAACGUCGUCAACGGCGACGUUCAAUCCUGGCAAAAUCUCUGGCCCAAGCUCGCCGCGCGCUUCAAAUGCAAGAUCCCCGCCAACCAGUUCACGCGCCCCUCACCACUUGCCUCAAGCACCACCCUCUCGCGCCCUCCCAUCGAUGCAUUAGCUUCAGAAAUCGGCCUCAAAGGCACUGCAGCCGUUAAGCCAAGUACGCUGGAACAGCGUAUCAAACUCAGCGAGUGGAGCAAGGACGAAAAGGUGAAGAAAGUGUGGAACGACAUAGCGGCGAGGGAGGGCCUGGAGCGGAAGGCGUUUGAGCAGGCAACGUGGGAGUUUUUGGAUUUUGUGCUGGGGAGGAACUAUGACCUGGUGCUUAAUAUGACGGAGGCUAGAAAGAUGGGAUUUGAAGGGUUUGUGGACACUUGGGAGGCGCUUGAUGAGACUUUCACCGAGCUCGAGGAGGCGGGAGUAUUGCCGAAGAUCAAGUAG